UUGUAUAUCUAUCAGAGCAUAUAACUUGUUUUGCUAACACACAAAAAUGAAGCACUUGAAGACCCUCUUCCUGGUGGCCAUGCUAAUAAUGGCUUUGGCGAUUUCUGUGACAGCAAAAGAAGCAAAAAAAGUGAAAAACAGAUUCCUUUCUGAGAGGGUGGUGGUGACAUGUGACAAAUACCCAAAUGUGUGUGACAUUAAAGGUAGCGUAGGAUCAGAUUGCUGCAUGAAAAAAUGUGUGAACUUGUCCAGAGAUGGUUCCAACUGCGGGAAGUGUGGAAAGAAAUGCGGCUAUGGAAAGAUAUGCUGCGAAGGUAAGUGCGUGAAUCCUAAGAGUAACAAGAAACAUUGUGGGAAAUGUGGCAACAAGUGCAAUGCUGAGAGUUCAUGUGUCUUUGGAAUGUGCAGCUAUGCGUAAGAUAUGAUUAUCGACCAGAAUAUAUGUAUGAUCACAAUAAAGCAGAGACCACAACUUCAUAACUUCUGCUACUCUUGUUUUAAGUGUUUUAUAUAUGCAUGUAAAACAAUCUUUUCAUUAAGCUCA